AAACAACAGGCGUGGUAUAAAAAGGGGGGAGCAGGGGUUUGGGGUUGUUUUUGUUGGAAUAGCUGCUUCAAGAAGGAACAGAGUAGAGGAACACAAACUGACUACUUUCAGUUCAACCCAGCGUUAACUCCCAGCCAUGUGGGUGUGGCUGAACCUUCUCUUGGCUCUCUGCCUGCUCCCUGGGGGCGGGGCAGAGAGUCAGGGGGAGGGGACACGCUGUAGACCUCCACCAGAUUGGAAGAUUGGUGAGGUGGAACCAAUGAAGGAUGCAAUGGGCCAGGUGACAGUGGUGGCUCUUUUCCAGGCCAGCUGAUUGUUCUGUUUGGUGCAGGCAUCACGCAUGGAUGGGCUGCGCCAGACGUUAGAACGUCAGGGUCUGGAGAACAUCACCUAUAUGGUGGUGAACCACCGGGGGGAGCAAUCACAGAGACUACACAACCUGCUGCGGCAAAAGUUGUCGGAGAACAUCACCCUGUAUAAGCAGGAGCCCGACCAGGCAGAUGUGUGGCAGGCGCUGGCAGGAGACAAGGAUGACUUCCUUAUCUAUGAUAGGUGUGGCCGUCUCAGCUAUCACAUAUCCCUCCCCUAUUCCAUUCUGGGGACACCCUAUGUAGAAAAUGCCAUUAAGGAUACAUACUGCAAACGCGUCUGUGGGGACUGUAGAUAUGAGAACACUGAGUUUCCAGCAGAGUGUAACAGGACAGUGGAGGCCAACCCUGAGGAUGCGGCAACUCCAGACACCAGACACCAGCACCACCAUCACCAUCACCAUGGUGUCGGGCAAGGGCAUGGCCACCACGGCAAUAUGGGGGAUAGAAAGGGGCACAGUCACCAUGGUGACAGGAGGGAGGGGCACGGGCAGGGUCAUGUAGCCUCUCGCUUUGAGAAUGAGGAGAAACAACAACAUCAACAGCAGCCCUUUCAUUUAGGCCAGGAGCAUGUGGGUCAACAGGCCAUGCAUCACGACCAGUUGCAGCCUGGACACACGCACCAAAGAGCAGACGCAGGGUUAGUGAUGCAGAGGCCCUGAGUGACAGGGAGAGCCAAGUGCAAGUCCAAGCACAGCUGACAGUUGAGGGCAGACUCUGAAAACCAGGCCAGUCCGAAGACCAGUUGAUGCUGACACUGACGAAGGCUCUUUGGCGACGAGGUCGGUGAGCAGCCAGUUGGUCUCUGACACUGUGACGAGGCACUUCCAGCCUCCUGA